AUGUUCCCAAGUAACUGGAACGAGCAGGGUGGCCUACUUGAGCUGCCACAAGCAACUUGCCUCUCCCACCAGCAUGUAGGUGGCAACUUGAGUUCAUCACGGGUGGAACUGGGUCUUUUGGAAGGGGGACUGGAUUGUGUUGGGGAGGGACUGGAUGAUCCUGUGGUGGUACUGCAUGAUAUAGUGGAAGCACCAGAUUAUACUGUGGUUGUAUCGGAUGAUGCCGUGGGGGCACCAGACUAUACUAUGGUGCCGGAUGGUACUAUGGAGGAGCAGGAUUAUUCUAAGGUAGUUCAGGAUCCUCUCGCUGCAUGGGAGGCUCAAAUUGUGGUAGCGGAGGAAGGUCAGGCAGUUGUGGUGGUGUCGCUUCCUACCAUUAUAAUCCCGUAUUGGUACAGAACUGUUGGAGAGAUUGAACGCGAUGUGAAAUUGAGUGGCGAAAAACUUGGUAGUGGACUCAAAGUUGAGCUUGAGUACACUUCUAAAUUGCUUCAUCCAGUGAAUUCAUCCGCUACAAACUUGGUUAGGUUUUUGACUUCAUCUCUCAACGCAGAUGACCAACUCUCUUUCACUGACAUUAAUGAAAAGAUUGCCCCCGUGUUGUAUCUGGCAUUUUCAACAAUUCCUUAUGUAGUCCAGGUUUCAUAUAUUGGAUUAGACGGCUUCUUCUUCUCUUACUAUACAAAUGUCAACAAUGAAACUCUCGCCAUGUACUGCAACACUUCUUUUCCUUCCAAUUCUAGUUCAGAGAUAGGGAAGAAAAACUACACUUGGUACACCCAACCAGUAGAUUUAAGCACUGGAAAUCUAUAUGGUGAAGCCAGAAGACACCUUCCCCUGAGAAUAGUCAACACAGACUGGUUUGAAAAGGUGUUGAGCAGUGGAUCCGUAGGAUAUGUCUCCUUAGGUAUCGCACGGAAAGAAUCAAAAGACCUUUUAAUUUUAAGUACAGGCAGUUUGAAAGGGACAGGAGUUGUGUCAUUAGGGUUUCCAGCAAAGAUGUUGAUCGAUUUCUUAAUGCGUGGAGUUAAUAUUUAUGGAGGAGAUCUUUACUUGUCUAUUUAUGGAGGAGAUCUUUACUUGUCUACUGUUGAUGGAGAAGUGCUUGUUGAAGGUCUCUCAAAUGCACGUAUGGCAUUUGAUAACAACUCAAUCGAAUUUAGUUUAUUGGAUCCAAAUGGUAGUGACCAAAUGAGUCAUGUUGGAAACUUUUCAUGCUUGGCUAGCAAUGGAGGAUACAAACCACAUAUUUUGAAGAUUGGAGAUUCAAAGUAUCAACUUUAUUGUUCCUCAAUUGAUCUUAUAGGGCUCCCAGUGCAAGGUAGCCUCCAUUCUUCUGGCACUUAUGAUGGUGCAGUGAUAAUCUCCGUUUUUACUUUUGUGUACUUGACGGUAAGAGCUGCAAAGAGGGAUGUCUUCUUGUGUGAUAAUCUUAUAAAACAAAGAGAGCCAACUGAGCAGGCAGAGAGAAAAAGUAUGAACAGAAGUCUUGCUUUCGCCAGGGCCAGUCACGACAUUCGCACUUCUUUAGCUUGCAUUACUGGGUUGAUAGAGAUGUGCUCCGGAGGGGUUUCUUCUCAUUUGGAGAUUGCAGCAAGUUUAUGACGAAUAGAUAACUAUGCUAAGGACUUAGUUGGAUUGUUGAACUCCAUACUUGACAUAAGCAAAAUUGAAGUUGGCAAGAUGCAGCUUGAAGAAGAAGAGUUCAACUUAGCCCAACUUCUUGAACAAAUCCUUGACCUGUUUUAUCCGACCGGAAUGAAGAAAGGUGUUGAUAUUGUGUUGGAUCCUUCUGAUGGAUCUGUUACGAAGUUCUCAAAUGUUAGAGGCGACAAAGGAAGGCUACAACAGAUCUUGGUGAAUUUAAUCAGCAAUGCCAUUAAGUUUACUUCAGAGGGACAAGUAAAACUAAGAGCGUGGGUGCAGAAGCCAUCCUUAAGAAACACAAUUAUUGCAUCCAACAAGAUGAAUAAAUUCUCGAAGUAUUUAUCUUGUUCGAUUUACAAGAAUAAAAAUGCUCGUAAUGACUUAGAAUCCGUGAAUGCUAUACGAAUGAAUCCAGAUUCGAUGGAAGUCUUCUUUGAGGUGGAUGACACCGGUAAAGGAAUACUAGGGGAGAAGAGAAAGUCAGUUUUUGAAAACUAUGUUCAGGUCAAAGAAACAGCUCUCAGACAAGGAGGCAUCAAUCUAGGACUUGGUAUCAUACAAUCAUUGGUUCGUCUUAUGGGUGGAGAAAUAGCAAUUGUGGAUAAAGAGAUUGGUGAACCAGGAACUUGUUUUUGGUUCAGUAUUUUUCUUUUAACAAGCCAGAUUCCUGCUUUGGAUAAGGGAGAUUUUGAGGCAAAAGAAGAUUCUCCAUUAUUUUCGGCAGAACCCAUUAGCCUAUCGGUUAGAAUUGAAAAUACUCAAACACCAGGUUGCAUUCCGAGUCCCAGGUUAAAUAUUCUUGGUUCUAGCCCAAAGUUUAAGGGAUCACAAGUUGUUCUCUUGAUUCAGAACGAAGAAAGACAAAGAAUCACCCAGAGAUAUAUGGAGGAUUUGGGGAUAAAUGUAUCAGUUGUUGAUCAGUGGGAUCAUCUUCAUAAUUCUAUAGCAGAUGGGUGCCAUGUUGAGGUCUGUGGAAAUGGAGAAGAAACUGUGCAGAAAGUUAGCAACGGCCUCAAGGAUCAUCGGGAACAUCAAACUUCGUCCUUUCUUCCAUAUGAUUAUAUAUUCAUGGACUGUGAGAUGUCAGUAAUGGAUGGGUUUGAAGCAGCUAGGAAAAUCAGGAAGGAGGAAAAAGGUUAUGGUGUUCAUAUUCCAAUCAUUGCAUUAACUGCUCAUACAUCAGAUGAACCAGGGCAAAAGCUACGCGAGGCUGGGAUGGACCUUCAUCUUCGCAAACCGCCAGUGAAGGGAGUAUAGUUGAAGCCAUCAAAAACCUUGACAGUAAAUAAACAUCUGUGUAUAUGUCUCCGUUGUGCUGUCUUUCUUAAUAUGGCUAUAGAGAAAUAUAUUUGACCUCCUGAAGUAACUUAGCAAAAGAAAUAUAUGUGAAAAAAAUAGUGUAAAGUGCUGAAAUAUAUAGUGAUUAUCUGAAUUAAUUCAGUAUCGUAAUAAAAUAAGAAAUCAACUUUUCUUAUCAACACUAGUGAGUUACAAUUUACUGAUUCCCUCAAUUAAAGGCCUAAGUAACAAGAAUAACAACAAAUGAAAUCACUUCUUGGUGGUAAGAGGAGAACGUUUACCAAUUACGUACGUUGUAUUAACCAAAAUGGGAAGGAGAUGUAAGAAUGUCUCAUACUUCAAUAACUUCUGGUUUUUCGUGUUAAUCAACUUAGUUUCUUGGAUUUUUAUUAUUAAGUCAU